UUGGAUGCCAACUGCCGAUAAACCCCACCGAAGAAGGAUAAUUCGUGUCUCUUUCUUUUGUAACAUCUCUGGAGUGGUCAAGCUACGGUUUCUCUGACAGCAAUAUUGAAUAAGGAUCAAUAGAAUAAAGCCUGAAAAAUAUUUGACAUUUUGACAGGAGGGGACCCUCUGGCGCCGCCUCUUCCUCUCUGGGAUUGCUACGCAGUCGUCUAGGUAGCAGCAAUGGAGUCCAUCAAGAAAACUAUCAAGAAUGAACCUGGAAACUGACAGGCCUAACCUGAAGGUAAAACGGUUACAACCUGCUCCCACGUCACAUCUGCCGUGGUUAGGAAACCUCACUGUGUGACAUUCCACCUAGCCCUGUGGCCAACUGAUUGAGCUUGGUGUGAUUUCGCUUCCCCCUCACAGACAAUGUACUGCCUUCAGUGGUUGCUCCCAGUCCUCCUCAUCCCGAAACCCCUGAAUCCGGCCUUAUGGUUCAAUCACUCAAUGUUCAUGGGCUUCUACCUGCUCAGCUUCCUUCUGGAGAGGAAGCCAUGUACCAUUUGUGCCUUAGUGUUCCUGGCAGCCCUGUUUCUCAUCUGCUACAGCUGCUGGGGAAACUGUUUUCUGUACCACUGCCAUGACUCCACACUGCCAGACUCUGCACACGACCCCAGCAUUGUGGGUAACUAAGAGGAUCCCACUGACACUAGGAGCACACGGACCCUGGACAAUCUCUAUCUAGGCUGUGAAUAAAAUCCCCCAGUUGACUGUUGAGAUGCUGAGAAACCUAGACAGUGUCCCGAUUCUCAUUCCCUCUGCCCUUAGUGUACACUUGUUCACUUCCCUUCAUGGAUUUCAAAGGAAUUGACUGUUGCAAAAAAUAGGGUGAUAUUUCCCUCUCCCACGAUUACACCAAUCCAGUGCAUUUAAAUGCAUGGGGAGGAAUGCAUAUGUAAACUUUCCAGAAAAUGGCCUAUCCUGCCCAUCUCCCUCCUCACUACUGCCCUCCACCCCUGCCUUUAUCCCCUGGUCUUGAGUGAACGUCCACUACCUUGGACUCACAUUUGCAAUGGUUGCCUUUAUAGUUUUCAUAUGUCGUGUUAAUACAUCAAUUUUAAUUACAGAAUGCUGAAAGUUUCCAAAGGGUAGAAAUUGUGUGUGUGUGUUAGUCAGCAUUUUCACAAGUCAUACUAUCAGUAUGUUAUGGUAGCAGGUGAACAUGAAUAUCCUGCGUCCUUGUUGAGCUUUAUUGACGUCAAGAGCAGAAGAGUGAUGUGAACCAUUUUCAUGUCACUUCCCCUGCAGAACUCAAAUGUUACCACAGCUUUUAAUUUAUUAAAGUUCAACGUCUGAAGGCGUUAUCACUGACCAUGA